AUGCAGACACCCCAUCCAUCAACUCCAUCAUGGCCCGCCCCAUCUCCAGUCACCAUCUUCCUGCGCAAUGUCCACCUACUACGCCUUGACCAACAACCAGAUUGGCCGGGCCUUUCUUGCAAGCUGUUUUCAGGUGGCCAAAAGAGCCAGACACAACGAGUGAAGAGCGUGGAAUGGGUGCUGUACCAUUUAUUUCUCUUGUGGGAUCCCACCGAGACGAAAAAUAAACUUCGUCCGUUUUUCCCACCAUUAGAGCCACUGCAGUCUGUCAACUUACGUGCGGCUUUGUUUCGGGCCUUGUCAGACCUCAAGAAAAAUGGCGAUCUCGGACGAGAGACCACUGUGCGCAAAACCAUGCUGGAUGAUUGCAAAGGGUCGAAAUUCGAGGAAGUCUUAGCCGUGUUUUCGACAGCAGUACUACGAAAGGUAGUUUGUGAGAAUCGACGAGAGCCUGGACUACGACUAGCUUUUUCUAAAAGCCUGACUGACACUGAAUUGGAGGAACAAUUGGUUCCUUUGAUACUAGCUCACCAUUCCUCCCUUGACAAUACGAAGCGAGAUCAGGCGAAGACACGAGAAAGUCAUACCCAAUUUUCGAAGUUUCUUGACGAAAAGACAACGGAACUAUCAUCCUGCUCGAAACGUAAACCGCGGCAAGCUGGAGUAUCUUCUCAUUUCGAGAGACUGGCGCACGACGUUAAGGCUAAUUGGCUUGGCAGUCGUAAUCUGGUUGAUUGUUUAUUGACAGGGGGUUCCACUACCGAAAAGGAUGCUUUCCUUGAGUUAUCGUUCGAAAAAGCAUGGAGUCGUGUCAGAAAAGGGAACAUCGAUCAAUUGGGUCUUUCGCCCAAUGUUGGCUUGCUACAGGAUCUGGAGACUCAUCUUACCGAUCAACGACGACGGUUACAGCGACUGAAGGAUUAUAAGAAAUCAACAUACCGAACUGAGAAAGGGAGUGAAAUGGUGCAGACAAAAUCUCACGACAAAAGCCAAAGUAUCACGUUCAGAGACCACCGGACAUUGACAGUGGCCAGCACUUCUAAAUUUAUACGGGAUGCAGUCGAAUAUAGGAAUCUAUUUGGUGAGCAUCAAGCCAUAAUAUCGUCCCUUAGAGACGCUUUAUCCGAGGUCAAGGGUAUACAAAAUCACUAUUCUGCGACCUUGGUAGAGCCUUCUAAAAAAAGGAAUCCGAAGAACCACCUCACAUUAUCACCCAUACCGGAUACUGAGCGAUUCUCUCCGUCGCCCUCACCUAGUGUCCAAGUAACCGAUUUUGAAAAUGAGCAUCGCGCGUCUAUUGACCCAACUAUAGACGAUACCGUGCUACAACCACCGCACGAUACUAGCAAUCAGUUUGAUUCCUUUAUCAAGGAAGUCCACGACCCCGUUUCUUUUAAGGCCAAUACCUCACAACCUGAACUACCAUCCGACAGGGAAGGGGAGGUUGAUGUUCCUCCCCUUCCUCACUUUGAGCCCCACCCGGCGUCCUUAUUGGAACGAACAAGGCAGUCAAUGUCUUUACUCCCUCCCCAACCCACUUCACGAUCCCGGGCUCCUCGAGAAUCCCUUGCUGCGCGGCGCCAAUCGCAGCGUUUCCCUAUCAACCAAUUCGCUACUCCACCAAAAGAACAACCAGAGCCAUCGCGUUCAGGGGCCUCCACGCCACGAGAUGAACUUUUUACCGAGGAAGCGGAGUAUGCUAGCAUAUUCAAAAGUCGACCUCGUGUUGCGCAUAGUCCGCUUAUGUCACCUGCUGUUCAUGUUGGAUUUGAUGAUGGUGAUGAUGGUGAAGAUUACAUGGAAGAUAGUGAGAGUGCCCUAGACCUGGCGCUCAUUGGAUCACCGCUUGCAAGUAAAAAGAGAUGA